AUGGCAGCACCCGAGGAAGACUAUUCAUCAACACCUCUUAAUGAACGAGUUACACAUAAGAUUUGGAAAGUUCGGGUUGGAGCUUAUGAGGAACUUACAAAGCUAUUUACAAAUUCAGAUAGUGAAAGCGACUUUAGGCCUUAUGAGGGUUUAAUGAAAAACAUUGCAACAGACUCUAAUGCUGUCGCUCAAGAAACUGGUCUAACGACAUUGACUGCUUUUGUUGAUAACGCACCAAAUCCAUUAAGGGCCAGGGCUUCUAUUAUACCGGCCGUUGUUGAUAAGGGAUUCGGCUCAAGCCGUUCUGGAACAAAAUCUAAAGCAUUAGAACUCAUACUAUUAUAUAUAGAAGUUGAUAUACCAGAUCCCAUAGUGGAAGAUGUCCUUGCUGGAUUAAAUGCCAAACAACCUAAAUUGGUUACCACAGCUGUUCAUGUUCUUAAGGAGAUAAUUAGACUUUACGGUGCAAAAACAGUGAAUGUUAAGCCUAUCCUCAAAAAUAUACCAAAGAUAUUUGCACACGCGGAUAAGAAUGUGAGAAGUGAGGGAACACAAUUAGUAAUAGAACUAUAUAAGUGGUUGGGUAAAGCAAUAUAUCCACAUUUAUCGGAGUUAAAGCCAGUACAGAUCAAAGAAUUGAAUGAAACAUUUGAAAAAUUACCACAAGAAAAACCUCAACAAGAACGUUUAUUACGUUCACAAGUAGUUGCUGCAGAAGUAGCGGCGGAAACCGAUGGAGGCAAUGAAGCUGAAGCAGGAGAAGAGAUUGAGAUUGAUGCAUAUGAUUUAGCAGAACCAGUCGAUGUUCUGUCAAAAUUGUCCAAAGAAUUCUAUACUGAAUUGGGUUCUACAAAAUGGAAAGAAAGGAAAGAAGCUCUGGAGGGUUUGUUAGAAAUCUGUAAUACACCGAGAAUUGUGGAUAAUAAUUAUUCUGAGUUAACUGCUGCCCUUGCAAAGCGAAUGUCAGAUUCCAAUGUUUUAAUAGUUACAAUCGCAGCUAAUGUUAUAGAGGCGUUGGCCUUGGGUUUACGUGAAGCUUUUGCAAAAUAUAAGUCGACGGUCGUAGGUCCCAUGAUAGAAAAACUUAAAGAAAGGAAACAAAGUGUAGUUGAUGCUUUGGCUUCGGCAUUGGAUGCCGUUACAAUAUCUGAUGUUUCUGGGGACAUAUUAGCGGCCGGAAAACACAAAAAUCCCCAAGUUAAAACAGAGUCCAUGAAAUGGCUUGUCAGGUGUAUUAAAAAUACUAAAAUUGCACCACAUAAGGCUGAAAUCAAAUCUUUAACUGAGAUGAUGGUGGGGGCUUCUGAGGACAGUUUUGAACCUGUUCGUAAUUCAGCUUUUGAAGGAUUGGGAACAAUGAUGAAAGUUAUUGGCGAGAAGGCGAUGAACACUUUCUUGGAAGGACUUGAUGAUAUAAAAAAGGGAAAAGUCAAAGAAUGUUAUGAAAAGGCCGAAGUUCAAGUAAAAUUUUCUGCUGCGAAAAAGCCUCCACCUCCACCCAAAUCUGAUGCGCCCAAAGGAAAAUCCUCAAGAAAACCUGUGGCAAAAAAAGCUGUAUCUGCACCUAAGAAGGCAGCAUCUGCUGAAAAAUCUGCAAAGUCAGGAGAUCCUCCCAAAAAAGCUUCUGCUAAUCCUGUUGUUGCUCCACUUCCACCAAAGAAUAGUGGAAAAGUGAAGGAAGAAGUUAUCAAAUACAAAUUUUCUAACGAUGAAGUUGAGUCCAGAUUUGCUGAAUUGAUUUCCGAAGAUCAGACUGCCGGAUUGAGUGAAAAGAAUUGGAAAUUGCGUUUAACUGCCAUUGAGAAUCUUCUAUCCUCGUUGGAAGAGAUGGAUCCGUCUGAAGUAGAAGCGGAGUUAUUUGUCAGAUUUCUUUCUAUUAAACCUGGUUGGAAAGAAAGCAAUUUUCAGGUUUUAUCAAAAACAUUUAAUAUAAUGGAGAUACUUUGUCUAAAGGUUCCGUCAUUUGGAAAACCAACGGCAGCAUUAGCAAUACCAAUAUUAUUAGAAAAGUUGGGUGACAUUAAAUUAAAGUAUAGUGCAGGAGACGUAUUAACGGCUUUUUCCGAAAAAAUUUCUUUACAAUUUGUACUUUCACAAGCAUAUGACCCAUUGCGUAAAGCAAAAGCACCUAAAACAUUAGCUAAUAGUUUAACAUGGAUCCAUAGUGCUAUUAUGGAAUUUGGAAUAGCAUCUCUUCAAGUGCGCGAGAUUAUUGAAUUUCUCAAAUUCGCAUUAGGCAGUUCUAAUGCGACUGUUCGCACAAAUUCUGUCUCAGUUUUGGGAGUUUUGCGCAUUUUUGUAGGACCAGAUAUAAGAACAUUUGUUCAAGACUUAAAUCCUACACAGCUAGCCGCAAUUGACAAAGAAUUUGAGAAAGUGGCUGAUACAGUUCCUCCAAAAGCAUUAAAAAAAAGCGUCGAUGUCAUAAGCACAGGUGGUAGUGGUAAAGAUACUUUAGAAGAAUUGUUUCCUAAAGUCGAUAUUAGCGCACAAUUUACUAGUAAAAUGAUGGCUGAAUGCAACGACGAUAAGUGGAAAGUUCGAAAGGAUGCACUUGAUCAAGUCCUUGCUAUUGUUGAUGCCAAUAAGAAAAUCAAACCGAGCUUAGGUGAUUUCAUUCCUAUCCUAAAGGCGAGACUAUCAGAUAGUAAUAAAAACUUGCAAAUGAAGGCUUUGGAUUUAACUGCCAAACUUGCUACUGCGAUGGGCAAGCCAUUUGACAAGCAUGUUAAAAUAAUAGUGGCGCCAGUCACUGCUAUUCUUACAGAUAAAAAAGCAACCGUCCGUGGAAGCGCUAUUGGUACUUUGGAUGCUUUAGCAAAUGCUUGUGGGCUCGAUCCUUUAAUUGGUUCAUUUUCAACAAGCCUUGCUACAGAUAAUCCUUUAUUAAGAAAAGAUCUAUUGAGUUGGCUCUCUGAACGUUUCAAGGAAGCUGUAGAGAGCGAUAAAAAGAAUGCGUUACCAGAUUUGUCACCCAUGGUUCAACCAAUUCUAUCUUGCUUACAAGAUCGAAAUGGAGAAGUUAGAAAAGCAGCACAGGCUUGUUUAGGACCUAUAAUACAAAGUGCCGGAUAUGAUUAUGUGGUAGCAAAAUGUGGUGAUUUGAAAGGCGCAGUGAAACAGACAAUUAUGCCGAUUAUAGAAGCUAUUCGACCAACUAGUCGUAGUGGACCUGCUGCGAGGAAGGAUGCUAAAAAGGCGGGCUUAAAAUCUCGACUUGCUGCACCAUCUGGCAACGAUAAAGCUGAUGCAGAUGAUGAAGAAAUGGAUGAAGAAGAACCAGUGAAAUUACCACCAGGAUUAAUUCUUAGACCACCAACAUUUAAUAAACCUACUGCAUCAUUAGCAAAUCCAUUAGCCACUGCAAAUCAUAAUGCAUCGAGUAUACCUACAAACGAUCCACCAUCUUUAUUAGCACUACCUAGUGGUCAAACAUCUUCUCAAAGAGGUGGUAUUCCAAGUGGUAUUAAUAGACCUCCUUCAAGAUUACAAUUUUCUCGAAUUCGUUCUAAUAUGAAUGGUGUAAUUGGGCAAAUUUCUACAGUAUCUAAUAGUUCAAUUGAUGAGAAUGAAACUAGGAAAGAUUUGUCUAGUAUAGUAGUUGAUAAUUCAGAACAUUCACUAUCAGAUAAUAAUGAAAUCAAUGUGAUCCCGCAUUCUCCUGGAUUAUCUCCUGCUAAACAGCGAAUAUCAGAGCACAAUUCUGUUUUUAUUAUAAUUACUAAAAUUAUGGGUACAGAAUUUCAACAAAGUAUUGAGGCAUUGAAAGAAUUGGACAAACAUUUGAACACUUCUCCUGAAUCCAUCAUUCCUGAUGUAAAUGAACUCGUAAAUGCUUUAGCAUUCCAAGUCCGAAUUUCUUAUACACAGCUUCAACCACAAUCACAUAGCUUAAUUCGACUAUGUAAACAUCUUGUCAAUGCUUUAGUACUAUUAUUUUCAAAUAAGAAUUUGGCAUUAGCAGUGUCUCAAGGUUCACUUGACCGUUUAUUAACUGAGCUAGCACAUCGUUUGUUAGAUCCUAAUCUCACCGUAGUGGAUGGUGGUCAACAAUUAUCAAAAGCGCUUAAUGUCUCAAUGGUUAAGGUUCUUGAAAAUAGCAAUCGUAACAGAACGUAUAGUGCACUAAUUUCAAUACUAGAAAAAUCAUCAUCUAAUUUGCGUGAGGUUGAUGCGGCUAAUGUUACCACACAAACAAAGUUCACUGAACUAAUUAUGAAAUGUUUAUGGAAACUUGCAAAGACAGUUCAAGAUAAUUUGAAGGCUGGUAUUCUUUCACCGAAUCAAUUAUUAUGUGAUCUCAAUAGCUUCUUUUUAACAACACCACCAACUGAAUGGAAAAGACGAGCAGCAGAAAAGGUACCACUAGGCGAAAUGCCUUUACGUACAGUUAAAACACUUUUACUUGAAUUGAUAACAGGUCUUGGUGAUAAUGUAUACGACCAUUUAGAUCUUAUUGAAGAUCCACAAAGGAGUUAUGUUUACCCUUAUUUACAUCAUAUGAUUGAGGCUACCAAGAAGGAGGACAGGCUAUCCAGUAAUCCAACAAUCGCUAACAACCAUAUAAAAACUAGUCAUUCAUCUUCAUCAGUCCAAUCUUUUAGUUCAUCUGGUUCCGACGCGACAUAUGCUACUACAGAUACUUUACCAUUUAAUGAAGCUUCAAUUAAGGAUCCAUCGGCAAGAAAUUCUCCAUCAGCUAGAAGUUCUCCGAUUCCCGAAGUUCCUGGUCAUAAUAAUGAAACAAUGUCAAAUGCUUCAGAGCCAGUAAGUCCUGCGUCAUCACAUGAAGUAGAAGUGAAUGCACGGCUAAAUCAAAUGUUCCUUAAAAUUGAAACUAGAGAAGAAACGAAAGAGGGUCUCUAUGAAUUAUAUGAAUUUCAAAAACAACACCCUGGAAUGGUAAACUACAUAGCAACACAGUUAUCUAGGAAAGGCCCAUGUUUCCAAAGUUAUAUUCGCCGUGGACUUACCAACAUUGCUAUAGAUGAAGAGGAAAAGGAAAAGGAAAGAGCUAAUGAUAUCGCGGAAGUUAAAAAGCCAUUUCCUCAAAAUUCAAACAAUCUUGAAGGAUACAACAAAUGUUUAUGGGCAACUCAUAAAUGA